AUGGGAGAUAGAGAGGUUAUAUUGAAAGGUAAUCAGACCACUGAGAUAGUUGCUCAUCACUCUAUACCUAAUGAUAAGCCUGUGGUUGUUUGUAGUCGUUUCGUUUCAAAACUCGACGGUGCUGUUAUAGCUGAAGCAGCUGAUUGGCCACAACCACUUAAGUACCUUAAAUUUAAUGAUAGAAAGGUAAAUGUUAGUGUAGAAGAUGACAAAAUUAUUCUAUCGACGAGCAAACCUGUUAUGGGUAUUGAAGUUUUGCUUGAUAAUGAUAUUUUCUUAGAAGACAAUGGUUUUGAUUUAUUUCCUGGAUAUAAGAAGGUUGUUGUUGCCAAAGGCUUGAAGAAAUUUGAUGCUGUUUCAGUAAGACAUUAUGGAGAUUAA